AUGCCACUCUUUCGAGUUAGAAAUGAUUACCAUUUUCUUGUCCAAAGCUGGUUUUCUUCUUAUUUUUUUUCAUCUUAUUUUUAUUGCUGUUUAUAUUAUCUAUCUAUCUAUCUAUCUAUCUAUCUAUCUAUCUAUUGCACAUUUUAUCUAUCUAUCUAUCUAUCUAUCUAUCUAUCUAUCUAUCUAUCUAUCUAUCUAUCUAUCUAUCUAUCUAUGUGUCUGUCUGUCUGUCUCUCCUCAUUAUCUAUCUAUAGCUCUUCACUAUCUCUCAUUAUCUAUCUAUCUAUCUAUCUAUCUAUCUAUCUAUCUAUCUAUCUAUCUAUCUAUCUAUCUAUUCUUCCCCAUGAUCUAUUUUUAACUUAUUAUCUAUCUGUUGCUCUUCAUUAUCUAUGUAUAUCUCAUCAUUAUCUAUCUAUCUAUCUAUCUAUCUAUCUAUUGCUCUUCAUUAUCUAUCUAUCUAUCUAUCUAUCUAUCUAUCUAUCUAUCUAUCUAUCUGUCUGUCUUCGAUCUAUCUAUCUGAGUCUUUUCACUAUCUACAUAUCUGAGUUAUUCAUCUGUCUUUUCAUUAUCUAUCUAUCUAUCUAUCUAUCUGUCUUUUCAUUAUGUUUGUGUCUUCUUUUCAUUAUCUAUCUAUCUAUCUAUCUAUCUAUCUAUCUAUCUAUCUUUUUCAUUAUCUAUGUGCCUGUCCGCCUCCAUUUCUGUGUAUCUAUCGAUAUCUUUUGUUGA